AUGAGAUUUGACCAUAGAGUGGUGGGAAACGCUAUUCUUUAUAAGUAUGUGCUUAUAACUUUUUUUUUUUUUAUAAUUUUACAGUCUGCUAAGCUACGUAAGUUGCCUCCCUUUCUCACCAUUUCUCUCCUGAGAUUUAAUUUUGACUUUGAGAAGCGUGAACGAUACAAGGAAACUAGUUGCUACACGUUCCCUAUCCAGAUAAAUCUGAGGCCUUUUUGUGAGCAGACCGAAUUGGAUGAUUCAGAGUAUAUGUAUGAGCUCUUCUCUGUUAUUAUACACAAAGGUGGCUGCUAUGGAGGACACUAUCAUGUUUAUAUCAGAGAUGUGGAUGAAUUAGGGAACUGGCAAUUGCAAGAAGAAGAGGGUAAUAUAAUCGAAGAUAAAGUUUUAAGAGAUACAGAAAAUACUAAAGAAAUAGAAAAUCCACUGGCAGUGUUGAAAGGGAUUUUAUCAGAGGAAGAAUCUAAACAAAUGCCUGUGGAUCAAUUAGGGCAGAAGUUGUUGGAGAAAAAAGGGAUGUCUUGGAACAAGAAAUACCGAAAACAAUACGGGGCGUUACGAAAGUAUUUGCAGAAUCAUCCUCAGAUAUUUCAGUUCUGUCCUGAUGAAAGCAAGGUUGGUCUUAAGGAGAAAUAUCAUAAGGUCCCAUGUAAGUCAGAUUCUCAAGGACAAGAUCUGCAAAGCCCUCCUCAGAAGAAUGGUUUCCAGUGGAAUUCAGAAAAAACAUCUACAAUACGAAGGGACAGCUCUGCUGGUUGCCAUUGGUUUGAUCUGAAUGAUUCAAAAGUCCAGCCAAUUAAGGAGGAGGAUAUUGAGAAACAAUUUCAGGGUAAAGAGAGUGCCUACAUGCUGUUUUAUCGAAAAUCUCAGUUGAAAAGACCUCCGGAAGCUCGAGGAAAUCCAAGGUACCGAAUUCCUGGACACCUUUUGAAUGAAAUGAAUGCUGCUAACACCGAGCUGCAAAAAAAGAGGGUUGAAUGUGACUCAGCAAAAAAUGGCAUUGAUUUACAUCUCCAUUUGAGCUCAUGUUAUAAAUUUCACAAUGGGGCUUUGCACCCUUCGCUUACUUGGAAAGAGAGUGUUGUGGAUCUGACUAUUGAUAGAAGAAAAACUCUAGGAGACCUUCGACAAUCAGUAUUCCAGAUGUUGGAAUCUUGGGAAGGAGACAUGAUUUUCAGUAUUGCUAAACCUUUACCAGCAGGACUACAUAUUUACCACUCUCUCGAUGGAGAUGAGCUGACACUGGAUAGCAUUGGGCUGGCUGAUGGAGCAGACAUCUUUGUGUGGAAUGGGAAAGAGGUUGGUGGUACAAAGAUGUUGACCGGCCCUGAUCAUGAACCUGUUAUUGUAAAUGUUCUUCGUUUGGCAGAGUAUAAUGAAGGAGGUAAAGGUCAACACUUCACAGAAUCCCAACACAUCAUUCCGUGUAACACAGAACUGGGUGCUUUGCGCAGCGCCUUAGUACCGUCAGGAGGAAUCAUUUUAAAGAAUGGUUCAGGACUUGGUAAAGAUUCCAAGAACUGGGAAGUUCUUCCUGAAGAAGAUAUGAAGAAGACAGUCAAAAGUGUGGGUCUGAUGGAUGGAUGCUCAAUACUAAUUUUAGACAGUCAUGACCAGAGCUUGGUGAAUGUAUCAAGUGGCAAUUUGACUGCUUUUACGUAUGACAUCAGCUGGCUCCAAGUUAAAAACUUCUGCAGAACAGAUGCUGAAGAGAAACAAGUUAAAAUUACUGCCACUAUCGAAACAGUGAUGUCAGAUAUCAAAAUGAAAGCAAUACGGGAACUUCAGCUAGAAGAGGAGCUAGCAAAGGACAGCUGUCUUAGGCCUGUUAGUGGAAAUGGGAAACUUCUCUCUCCAGUGCCAGAGGAUUAUACUGUCAAAGAAGCAGAACUGAAAAUGGGAAGCUUGUUAGGGCUGUGCCAUGGAAAAUCUCCAACUUCCACUCAGCUCUUCUUAUAUUUUAUUGUUGAGAGUGACCAACAUACAAGCCCUGAGAUGGAGAUAGUUGUGGAAGAGACUGCCUCUGUCAGAGAGUGUCUAAAGUUAAUGCUGGAAAAAUCUGGAUUAUCAGGUGACAACUGGCAUUUGAGAAGGCUUGACUGGUGCUACGAAGCAGGGGAAGCAUUAAGUCAGGAAAAUGCCACUCUGAAGGAGCUUAAUGUUUGCAGAGGAGAUACUUUGGUUGUAACCGAAGGAAAGCUUCCACCAAAGGGUUUCCUGAAAAUACCCAUCUGGUGGUACAAGCCUUUAAAUCAUGUGAAACAUUACGAGAGUGCACAAGACCAAGUGAACGGCGUGACCUGCAAGAUGGAGGCUUUGCAGGUGUCUCCAGCAGGAGAAUACGUCCAAACAGACCUGGAUCUAUGUUAUGCUGGCAGUAUAGAAAUAGCAGGAGAAGCUUCUUUGGAAGAUUUGAAGAUUCAGGCCAUGACCUUGCCGUGUUGCCAGGAGCAGAUCCUUCCACUGCCUGCAUUUCUCAGAGCCUGGACAGUGGAAAGUAAGCGCCCAGGCAAGCUUUUACGAAACAACAAGCAGCAGCUCAAUGAAUAUAAGCUGGGAGCCAGAGUGGAAAUCUGCAUAGAACCUUUGCAAAAAGAAGAGAAUUUGGGCUCCCAUGAACUGUUGCUUCGAGUGCAGAUGGGCAUACCAGGGCAGAGGGACUACUACCACUCCACGGAUUUGGUCUGGGAUAUCUCCAAAGAAUGCACAACCUGGGCACUGAGGCAAAGAGUUGCUUCUCACUAUUGUCUCCCUGUAGAUAAAAUUGAAAUAGCCAAAUACUUCCCUGAAAAAUUUGAGUGGCUGCCGAUAUCUAGCUGGACUCAGCAAAUUUCAAAGAGGAAACGGAAGAAAAAACAGGAGAGUUUGCAGUCAGCACCUUAUCACCUGAAAGAUGGAGACAUCAUUGGGGUGAAGAAUCUUCUCCUUGAUGACACAAAGGAUUUCAGCACUGUGAGAGAUGAUGUUGGAAAAGAGAAGCAAAGGCAGCUUGCAUUAGAAAAGAAUAAAAGCCGACAAGCUGAACGUUUACAAAACCACAUUUUUUCUGAGGAAAAGGUGAAUAUUAAGCACCGUAAACCAGAAGUGGCUCUUUCAAUCAACGUUGGAGUUUUCAGAUAGCACCAGGCAGAUGAUUUCUUGACCAGACCGUACUGCCGAUGUACUGAAUUGGAAUGGAGUACCUCAACUGGACCAGCAAGAGGGAUGGUCUUCCCUAAAGUGUCUUCAUGAAUCACCGAGACAGACUGGAUAUAGGAUUCAGGAUGACUCUGGUUUUCUUUUAAUCUCUCUUGGUGAAGUGCUUUAGUAUCCCUUUAUCCAUGUAGUACUUAUUCUCAGGCUAGGUAAAUGCACUUUAUCCAUGAGAAAACAGAUUAAUAUAUCAUGUAACCUUCGGUGACUGUUCUGUAAUCACUCUAAGUGUUUUUGUUUUGUUUUAAAUCAGAAAAACUGGCGUCUUGCACCAUCACUACAGAGUUUGCUAGGACUUUUUGGUGCAGUCAUAAACCCCUCUUUUUAGAAAUUACUGUUUCAUCUCUCAUCACUGAAAUUACUAGUGAUACCAGAAUUUGAUUUUCUAUCUAAUAUAUAAAUCCAAGUCAGUAGUAGCUUGAAUCAGAUUUCAAACAUGAAAGAAAUGUGGAAAUCUCUGGACAAAGUGUGUUAAAUUGAUUCCAGAAAGGAGCAAGUUCAAAAUCUAUCACGCUCUAAAACCUGAAGACCUAUAAUUUGUGAUAUGGAACAACAGUGCAGUAGCCUUGGAUUUCAAAGUUGCUAGUGCUUUUUUGUUGUUCACAAGCUUUAUUAACAAACGAAAAGGGUAGAAAAAUUUGGCAGAUGUGGUGGUUAGCGGUUAGUCUUAGGUGGGUUUUAUUUUACUCAGGAAAAAAGCUUGUAUUUAUUUUCAGUAUUCUUAUUCAGAGGAAUUUCCUUCACUUCUCAUUUGUUUGACUGUUUUAAUGUCCAUUGAAACAUUUGAGAAAGAGCAAGAAAAUGCUUAUCUUGGUGUUGAUUUACAGCCUCCAUAAUUGAAGGGAUGUAUGUAGUUGAAUACCGGCUGAACUGAGUAUGAAAGGGUCUUGUGUAUUGAGUAAAACGUUUACCAAAUGGUUGUAAGAUUGGAUCUCAAGAUUGAGAACACAUGUAAGUAUCUGAUGAGAGGUCAUAUUUUGUUAAUGAGGCUGGGAGGCAGGAUUUACUAAAUGUUGAUGUUUCUAUCACCUUUAUUUAAACACUGCAAAUAUUUACAACACUUAAACGGUAUUCCCCUUUGGUACAUGAUUAUCUAUAACUUAAAUUCCCAUCAGGUUCCUAAUUUUCUUUGAGCACAAACAAUACUGACAAACUAACCAAAACUCUUAAUGGAAUUAUUUGCUCAUAGUCGUACUUUAAACAUACUUUCAACGAUAAGGUGAAAAAGGAAAGGUAGAAGAUAACACGUAAGCCGUUCUGUGCAGCAGUAAAGUGCUGAUGGCAUGUAACGUGCUUGCCUUUUCCUGCUGGGAAGCUGCAGAAAUUGAUUACCGUGUCAAAUGAAGUCUGUUAUCAAAUACGCUACAAAGCCUUGUUGAACUGCACGAAUGGCUGGCAAACCUCUUUGGAAAUGAGUAAGGCAAUGUUCAAAUACGACGAUUGAAACAUAGGCUGAAGUACCUUUAAUUAAAACUGUAAUAACGAGUGAACAAAAUACAUGUAACUCUUGAGGACUAUAGUAAAUGGUUUCAUAUAUGUGUAGAAGUUUUUGUUGUAGAAAAUGCCAAUACAGGAGACUACGAAAAUUUUCGUGAUGUGGGAAGAUCUUCUGAUUUAACUUCUGCAGUUUAACAGUGUUCUGCUGUUCUGGACAACAAGUUGCUUCUGUGCUUUCCUAGGCCAAUUCAGUCAAGCAAGGGGAUAUUAUCGUUUCCUAACUCUUUUGGUCUUAGGUUUUACUUGAAUAAUGUAAUCCUAGUUUUAUGGAUGGCUUUUUUUGUUUUUGAUGUUUGAGGUGAGGACAGCCAUUUUCUUUCCCUCCCUGACUUAUUUUGCAUAACCUUCUUCCAUGUUAACAGGAGUUCUUGAAAGCCACAGGCUUACAGAAAUUAUCGCACAUGCUGAUUACCAAGGUAAACAAGGAAUCUUUGCGUUUGCAAAUUAUUCCAUUGCACUGCACUUACUUUGCUGUCGCUUUAACUCCUCAAAUCCCAUUCUGGACAGCUGUACUGAGCUUGGUUCCCCCCCCCCCCUUCGUUUUAAUAAUUCUGGUCUGUUCCUGAAAACAUGAAGUUUGGACAAAUUUAAAUACAGAUUACAAGUACUAAAGUGGGGAUUUUAGUAUGUGCCUUUGCUGAAGUGCGAUGUAGCAGUGCCUGCACUGAACCAAUAUUGAAUUAUUUCUAAUGUUGGCUCAAAAUGCGUAUUUUUUUUCUUAGAAUUAUUGUGGACCAUUCCACAAUGAAGGAGAUUGCUAAAAAUUGGGGGGAGAGGGAACACCUUUUUAAAAUGGAGUCUUUGUGAUUCCACAGUUUAUCCUGGUUAUAUUCCAAGGUCUGGAAAAGCUUUCAUUUUUAUUUUUCAAGUGUACUUCACAAAAUAAAGAGUCAUUUAUAUAUGUCUAUUUGAUUUGUCUAUAUAUGUCUGACUGACAUACGUUGAUUGAGAAUGGGGUAGAUUAUUUUCUAACACUGGACGGGGCACAACCUCAACUGUACUUUGAUUUUUCAUACCUGUUCCUAGCACUGCACCCUGAUCUAUGUGAGAAGUUCCCCAGAUCUGGCUGG